AUGGGCGUUUACUACGAAACCAUCCCCGAAUCCCUCCGGCCAUGGAUCCUCGACCAAAAGAUGCUCUGGGUCGCCACGGCGCCCUUAUCCCCAGACGGCCACAUCAACAUCUCCCCCAAAGGCGGACCCUACUUCGGCAUUAUCUCCCCAACCAAGUUCUGGUUCAUGGAUCUCACGGGCAGCGGCGUGGAGACGCAUGCACACCUGCACGAGCCGGGCAACGCACGCAUCUGCGUCAUGUUCAUGGCGUUUGAAGGCGCGCCGCGCAUCAUUCGGCUGUGGGGACGAGGGAGGCCGAUCGAGAAUGGAACGGAGGAGUACGAGAAGUUUGUGAAGGAGAAUCAUGUCACGACGAUUCCUGGGUCAAGGAGUAUCAUUUUGCUGGAUGUGCAUCAGGUUGCGAGUAGUUGUGGGUUCUCGGUGCCGUUUUACGAUUUUAAGGGUUACAGGACGAGGUUGAAUGAGCAUUUUGAGAAGAAGGAGAAGGCUUUUUUGGAGGGCAAGGAGGGUGAGAGCAUGGAUAAGUACUGGGCGUACAAGUCACAGCUCAGCGUCGACGGUCUCCCAGGAAUGAAGCGAGGCUACGAGUACGCAAAGAAGAAUGGCAUCAAGCCUCUGGAUAAGUUUAAAGGGCCUUUGGCAAAUGGGUUGUUGAAUCGGAAAUCGGCUGCUAAGCGAGUCCUGACCUUGUGA